AUGUCGUCCGCAAAUGUAUAUUCUAUUAUAUUACCAACAUAUAAUGAGAAAGAGAAUUUGCCUUACAUAAUUUAUAUGAUUAUAAAUGAAAUGAAAAAAAAAAUGAUAGAUUUUGAAAUAAUAUUAGUGGAUGAUAAUAGUGAAGAUAAGACAGCUAAUGUUUAUAAAAAACUUCAGACAAUCUUUAAAGAAGAGAAAUUAUUAUUAAUUGAAAGAAAAGGAAAACUAGGUUUAGGUUCGGCCUAUAUAGAUGCUUUAAAAAUUGUAUCAGGAAAUUUUGUUAUCAUAAUGGAUGCUGAUUUAUCUCAUCAUCCUAAAUAUAUAAAUGAUUUUAUAGAAAAACAAAAAGAAACAAAUUGUGAUAUUGUAACAGGAUCUAGGUAUAAUAAAUAUGGAGGUAUAUCUGGAUGGAGUUUCAAAAGGGUUUUAAUUAGUCGUGUAGCAAAUUUUUUGUCUCAAUUUCUUUUGUUUAUUAAUUUAAGUGAUCUAACUGGUUCAUUCAGAUUAUAUAGAACUGAAACACUAAAAGAAAUUAUUGAAAAAAUUGAAGGAAAAGGUUAUUUAUUUCAAAUGGAAGUUAUUGUAAGAGCAAACAAAUUAAACAAAAAAAUUGAAGAAGUUGGUUAUGUAUUUGUUGAUAGGUUAUUCGGAAAAUCAAAAUUAAGUUCAUAUGAUAUUUUUCAAUUUUUCUUUGGAUUAUUAAAACUAUUUUGGAGUAUUUAA